AUGGGAUCCGUUCAACAAGCAUACCCGCCAGGAAUUCACGUUCCCUGCUUGACGUGGUUCAGGCCGGACGCUACCCAGUCCAUUGAUUGGGAAGUCCAGGAACUUCACGUUGAGUUCCUUGUCCGUAGUGGCCUUCAUGGAAUUGUGAUAGCGGGCACAAAUGGAGAAGCUGCCACAUUGACGCCGGAAGAGAAGACUAAGCUGUUGCGCCUCACGCGUUCCACGGCCCAAAAGCUCGGACAGCCCAAUUUACCCAUUACUUGUGGCACUUUUGGAGGUUGUACCCAAGCAAUUAUUGAAGAUACGAAGCUGGCAUUCAAAGCUGGUGCAGACUAUGCACUCGUCUUAGUGCCAUCGUACUUCCAUUUCGCGAUGGAUACAGCUGCCAUCGUUGGCUUCUUCCAGGAGGUCGCAUCUGCCUCGCCUAUUCCCAUUGUGAUCUACAAUUUCCCCAGUGUUGCCGCCGGACUUAAUGUGACUUCAGAGAUGCUUGAAGUUCUGGGUGAACAUCCGAAUAUCGCGGCAGUUAAGCUGACUUGCGGAAGUAUUGCUUCGGUAGCUAGGUCGGCCGCCAAAUUUGGUCGUGCGUUGGAUGAUAAUCCUGCGUUUGUCGCGUUGGCCGGUCAAAGUGACUGGCUGGUUCCUUGUCUGGGUGUCGGCGGUGCUGGUUGCAUUACGGGGCUGGCGAAUCUUUAUCCCAAGACCUGCGUGGAGCUCUUCAACUUGUAUAACGCCGGAAUCACCGCAGAGGCGGAACAGUUGCAACUGCAAGUUGCCGUUGCCGAAUGGGGGUUCGCUAAGGGGGGUAUCAACGGAACGAAAUGGGUCGUUGCCAAAAACCUGGGCUAUUCGGAGGAGAGCUCAUGGUGCCGGCGGCCCUACCCGAAAUUUUUGAAUGAGGAGAAGCGAGCAUGGAUUACGAAGCAAGUCAAAGGAGUAGAGAAGGUUGAGAAGGGGCUUUGA